AUGCUCGUCCGCUCCUUCUACCCGUCCGAAUUCGUCGUCCUUCUAGAUGCCGUCCUGCGCCACAACAACUACUGCGCUCACCACGAUCUCUCGCGCCGCCUUAAGAUCCAGCCGAAGGAGCUGCGUCAGAUCCUGGUCCGCAUGGUCCACGCGCGCCUGAUGUGCAACGAGAAGCGCCAACAGAAGCGCAUCAACCUCAAAGACGAGCGCCGCGCCACGCGCCUAGUCAACACCGAGUUCUGGUACGUCCCUCUCGCUCAGGUUGUGGACGCCUUCCAGUACCGCGUGCACCACCUCGUCACGGAGAUCGACCAGGCACGCGCCAACGAGAACGCCCAGCAGACCGUCGCGUGCGACGCGUGCCGCACCGCGUACGAGCUCAUCGAAGUCAUCGCCAACGACCGCACGCCGGACGGAAAUUGGGUCUGCGACCGCAUGGGUGUGCGCCGCGACCGCCGCAAGCUCCCGUGCGGCGGCGUCAUCCGCGAGAAGGACAACUCGGCUCAGAUCAAAGAGACCGAGCGCAUCAAGGCUAAGCUGGACGACGAGCUGCGCGUGCUGCGCGAGCGUGCCGCGCAGUGCGCCCGCAUGGACAUUCCUGAACAUCCGCUGGAGGGCGCAGAUGAGGCCACGUGGGGAGAGCUCGUCCCUGAGACGGUCGGCAUUCAUGGCGAGGCCGUCGACGAGGAGGGCCUGUCCAAGGAGAUUGCCGAGAAGCUUGGCGAGUCUGGUAAGACGGCCGAGCCCGCUGGAGGGCUGCAAGGCCUUGCUCCUGCCGUCGAGAAGAAGGGCGAUGCCGCCAUUCCGGAGAAACCGAUGUGGUUUAAAGAUUCAAACCAGGAAGGCGACGAUGAUGACGAUUGGGUGGAGGACCAGGCCGCCACCCAGAAUAUGCUCGACUCGAAGACAGGCACAGCUGCGAGCAUGGUAGAUGAUGAGAAGCAGUAUUAUGAAAAAUACAUGCAACAAAUUGCGGGCGAGCCGGUGCCGGUCGCCGUCGCCAAGCCGAAAGAAGCCGGCAACGUGGCCAGGCCGGCCGAGGCUACCAUCCUUGACAGCGGUGAAAAGGGGACCGAGGCGCCAACCGAGGCUGUGCCGCCCGUUGACGAUGAUGAGCCGGAGGAUGUCGCUGUGUAUGUCGCCGGGAAGAAAAUGAUGUUGUCGGAGGUUACUGAUGACAUGCACGAUCUCAUGACUUCCGACGAGUACAAUGCCUACUUUGCGCUUGCGAAUGGAGGGGGGGCUGGUGGAGACGAGGAUGACGAUGAUGCCCAGUUUGAAUAGGGUGACUUUCAAAUAGGGGACGGAUUUUGACUAGACAACGGAGGAACGCUGCAUGUGUUUCUCCAGCGAGGGGACGUCCUUUUGGUUUUGUGAUGAAUUCAAUGCUGAGGCAAAAUAGAUUGAGUACGAUUCCUGGAACGGGAUGACGGCGCUGCAGUCCCGAACAGUCAAUCCGAACCGAAUGAUCAAAGCUUUACAACACGCAGGACGAGGACACGAGACUGUCAAAGACGGAAAUCAGAAGACUACAUACAUGCUGUACAGUUUAGAGGCCAUCCACACCAACUAACAUCUUUCUCUUGGGAUAGGCGUAGUGUCAAGUGUCUAUUGGACCGUUGUCCUCAUAUGAGGACAGUUUUCGACUUUUUUUUUUGACUUGCACGUUCUCGACAAGAAAGAAAAAGAUACCCCCGCCAUCGUACUUGACUUCUGCCUUGAGACCAGAAAGAAGUUUAUGAGAAUAGCAUGUUCUUCCUGGUCGUUUUCAGAUAUAUCUGGAAAAAGAAGCUUUUUUAAACCACCUUAAAACCGCAUGUAAAGUAACUUCAAAACGAAAAACUCUUGCUUAAAA